AGAUUUCGUUUCCGGGUGUGAUGGCCGGCAAUUGAGAGCUAACCGAAACGUUGCCAUUAGCGAUGAAUGUGAACAGCUGUCGAGCUGCGUCCUCGAUUGUGGGGUCUGAUAGGAGAUUAAUGCCAGUCCUAUGGAUAGGAAAAGAAGGGGUAGAAGGAUGGGUUGGAGGGAAAGUGACGGGGAUAGGGCUGGUUGAUGAUUACAGAGUUAUUAGCCCUUUUAAAGGCCAAGUCACCAUUGGGGUGGGUAAGGAGUGCAUAAUUUGGGAAAAUGAGAGAUGCUUGAUGCUGCAACUUUGGUCUAGAGCCAAGUAUCAGUGUCCUUAUCCAGCCAGUUUCCCUGUGGAGGUUUGAUUUUUCACCUUGGAAGGGAAGUAGGAAUAUGGGGUCUUUUAGCUUUUAAAUUCUUGGACUUUAUAAAUCUGUAAUCUGGUAAAGUUACGAUUGCCAUUUAUUAACCAUGCCUAACCUCCUUGUGUCCUAAAUUCUAGCCUAAAUUUCACUGGGGUUGAUUUCUAAAAAUUGAGUUAGAGACCUGUGUGUGUAUCUAUGACAAACAUUCCUUGUGCAGGACCUUUGAGGAAUCGUGGAAGGCACUUCAGUGAAGAAAUGGACCAGUGUGUAUAAUCAUGGAAUCUCCUUGCUAACCAUCACCAGCUUGCUCUCCUUGAUAAGUGAGCGAAAGAGUGAGUCGGAGAGAAGGAAAAGAGGUCAACAUGAAGCUAAAGCAGCGAGUUGUGCUGUUAGCAAUUCUCCUUGUCAUCUUUAUCUUCACCAAAGUUUUCCUGAUUGACAACUUAGAUACAUCAGCUGCUAACCGGGAGGACCAGAGGGCUUUUCACCGAAUGAUGACUGGCUUACCGGUGGAACUGGCGCCCAAGCUGGAUCACACCUUGCAGUCCCCCUGGGAGAUUGCAGCCCAGUGGGUGGUUCCCCGGGAAGUGUACCCUGAAGAGACACCAGAGCUGGGGGCAAUCAUGCAUGCCAUGGCCACCAAGAAAAUCAUUAAAGCUGAUGUAGGUUAUAAAGGGACACAGCUGAAAGCCUUACUGAUUCUUGAAGGAGGGCAGAAAGUUGUCUUCAAACCUAAGCGAUAUAGCCGAGACUAUGUGGUGGAAGGGGAACCAUAUGCCGGUUAUGAUAGACACAAUGCAGAGGUAGCAGCCUUUCAUUUGGACAGGAUUCUGGGUUUCCGCCGAGCCCCCUUGGUGGUUGGCAGAUUUGUUAAUCUGCGAACGGAGAUCAAGCCUGUUGCCACGGAGCAGCUGUUGAGCACCUUCCUGACUGUAGGAAACAAUACUUGUUUCUAUGGGAAGUGUUACUACUGCCGAGAAACAGAGCCAGCUUGUGCUGAUGGAGACACGAUGGAGGGAUCUGUCACGCUUUGGCUUCCAGAUGUGUGGCCUCUGCAGAAGCACCGGCACCCAUGGGGCAGGACUUACCGAGAAGGCAAACUGGCCAGGUGGGAGUAUGAUGAGAGCUACUGUGACGCUGUGAAGAAAACAUCCCCUUAUGACUCCGGCCCGCGCCUCUUGGACAUCAUUGACACAGCCGUCUUUGACUACCUGAUUGGCAAUGCUGACCGCCAUCACUAUGAGAGCUUUCAAGAUGAUGAAGGCGCCAGCAUGCUCAUUCUUCUUGAUAAUGCCAAAAGCUUUGGGAACCCUUCGCUGGAAGAAAGAAGCAUUCUUGCCCCUCUCUAUCAGUGUUGCAUCAUUCGAGUUUCCACCUGGAACAGACUGAACUACCUAAAGAAUGGUGUGCUAAAGUCUGCCUUAAGAUCCGCCAUGGCCCGAGACCCCAUCUCCCCCGUGCUUUCUGAGCCUCACCUGGCUGCCGUGGAUCAGCGGCUCCUGAGUGUCCUGGCCACCGUGAAGCAGUGCACUGACCAGUUUGGGAUGGACACAGUCCUGGUGGAAGAUAGGAUGCCUCUCUCUCACUUGUAAUUCUCAACACAAAAUAAGUGAAACUUCUUUUUACAAAGAUAGAGAAACAGCACAAUCAAUUCCAAAUGAUAUGAAAUGGAUCGGAAAUGGCCAGCAGCAAGUUCUGGUGAUAGGGAACAGGAUGGCCUUGGAUGUCUUUGGUGUUUUCUGUAGUAGAAGCUAAAGCAAAGACCACAAGUUUCAGAGCAUGGAGAUGUUCCUGCUGAGUCACCUGACCUCCUUGGCAGUUGCCCAUCCUAGCAGUGGGUAUCAUAGUCAGUUGGUCUUAAUUCGCAUGCCAGAGGACAAACAGAUGUGACAUUUGGACAGAUGCAUGCUGGGAGUGGUUCUGGAGUGUGUGUUUUCAGCUGAACCUUGCAGUCCUUUCUCCACACCUAUGUAUUUUGUGGAAACACUUUGCAAUCUCUUGUGUCUUCUUUUUUUUUUUUUUAACCAGGAUUAGUCAAAUCAGAAAGUUAAUACAACCUUGCGUUCCAUCAAGCCAAAAUAGCACUCUGCUAGAGGGGAUAUGGUUCCAAGAUAGAAUUAGAGAGAAGGGCAAGAGUAGGAAGAAGUUCAGGCUUUUAAGCCAUUGGGUAGUACUGUUUUGAUGAUCUUAGGGGAGGGAAGAAGAGAGAGAGACCCAGGUGAUAGAACCAGAAUCAGGGGGAUGGUUGAAUUAGUGAAAAAUAGGUUCCCCUAUAUUUAGGAUCUUAAGGUAUGCAAAAAGCAAACAUGACUUUGUACCUAAGUAAAAUCUGCAUUCUCACAGUUGUAUCCAAAUUAACCAAAAAAUUGUCUCUGUUUCUAGAGAAAGUACAUUUAUAACCCAAACACGAUUUUCUUAUGAGGACUAAUAUUUUUUUCUUUUUGCUUAAAGCAGGCAAAUCCUUUCUAAAUUAACAAAGCAAACUGAAAUAAUACCUCAAAUAACAAUCAGGUACCUGUGAUCUCUGCCAUCCUCAUUUCUGUCUUGAAGUGAAUUUCCACCUAUGCCUGUAAGGGACUUGGUCAUUGGAGCUGCUGUUCUCAAGAUGGUGUUGGCUGCCCUGUUUGUGCCCUUCUUGUGAGGAAAGGCAGCUCACUCCCACAGACGAGAGUGUGCACGCUGCUGGUGGCUGGACGUGUCUUGCGAUUUAGGCCAUGCAGAAGACUGGGAACAAAAAUUUUAAGCCUUCUGAGCCUGGAGACUGAGGAGGUUAUAGGAAGAAGAGCCUUACGAUUUUGAUUUAUGUCAAAUCUUAAUUUCAUUAGUGUUGUUUGCAGCCUGGAACCCAUGAUGUAGUAUCAUGCUUCCGUCUGCUCUUAGCACACUCAAAUUUCAGGUCGCUAAAACACAGUUUUAGUUCUGUGUUUUGGCAAAGUUGCAAUAAGAUACAGGGCCAGAGAAGGACAGGCCUGGUUUGCCCGCUCUCUGUGAUCGACUGCAUCAUGUCGAGGUGCUGUUCCAGGUUUGCACUUAUGUCAAGCGGAGACUAAUAUCUAAACAAUGUGGUUGAAUAAAUUUAAUGCCAGCCAUUGGAGACUAGUUUUAGGCAAUCACUCUUUCAAAAACAGCUUUAGAAUUUAUGUCCCAAUUUUCUCACAUUGAAAGAUAACUGAAUAACCCAUAACUACUAUAAAAUAGCAUGAAUUAGAGAACGUAAUUUUCUAUGUACAUUUUAAGAUGGACACAACAGUGGGCUAAGUUUUAAAAAGGGUAUUGAAUUUAAGAAGACUGAUAUUAAACACAAAACAAUGAAUUAGGGUUAACAAAAGGAGGUAUUGAUUUCAACUUUUUUUUUUUUUACACCUGAAGAUCAUUGAGUGAGAUUUCAACUUUAAGGCUACUUUAAGGCUGUUAUGUGUCCAAGGAAAUUCAUAAUUAGCCAACCCGUUUGUGCCUUUCUUGUGAGAAAAGGCAGCUCCUACAGAUGAGAGUGUGCACCCUACAGGUGGCAGGAUUAAUUGCUAUCCUGUGAUUUGGGCCAUGUGGAUGACCUGGAAACAAAGAUUUUAAGCCUCGUGAGCCUUGAAAUUAAGGAGGUUACCAGGAAGAGCCUUAAGAUUUUGAUUAGCACUUACCCACAAGCUUCUGAGAGCAGAUGGCAGGAGAUAGUAGGAAGGAUAUCAGUUCUGCAUUCCUUAGUGAAUAUUACUUGAGCUAAAUUAUGGAUUUGUGUUCUUUCAAACACAUGAUGCCUUUAAUAUGCCACACUGAAAUGAACAAGAACUGUUCUCAAACUGGGAACUUCAUAAUGUUGAAGGCAGAAGAUUCUGCUAAGGAAAAAAGCAGGAAGGAAAGCUGCUUUGAAUAUUGUCUCAUCCUUUCUUCAAAGCAUUUGCAGAAAAUGUAUCAUCUUAUUCUCUUCCCUACUGUUUUCAAACUCAUGAUCUUAAGAUAUAUUUUGGUUCAUAGCAGUUAAAGUUAGAAUUAAGCUAACAGAGUGGCACAGUGUGGCACUGAGAAUAUAAGGAAAAGUGUGCCUAGGCAAAUCUUGGAGAAAACCAACCAUACGCUUACAGCCCCAAAAUUCAGAAACACUAAAUUCUGUUUAAAAAAAGAGGUGGAUAUGUUUUUUAAAAAGUUUUGUAACACUGUUCUCUUUAGAGUUUAUUAGAAUCUAAGGCUGUUAAAGUCAUUACAAGGUUUUUGGUAGCUCUAAGUUGGGUGUGCCAACCAAACAUCCAAAGGUAUUUGUGGUUACAUUUUUAUAUUAUAAAAGUAGGAAAAUCAGAACUGAUUGCCGUUUCCUGCCCUCCUCUCACUUCUAAAAAUGUUUAUUCCAAAGUUUGCAGAAAUUUCUACCACUGUUCUGUAAUAUGAGGCUGUACUGUGGGUUUGGGAAGGGGUACAAAUAAUUUUCUGUGCAAAACAAAUUAAUAUCUGAUUUGCUCAGAGUAUUGUUCAAUAAUGUAUUACUAAGACAUUUCUCCCUGUUUACACUCAGGGUUAAUAUAUCAAAUGAAAUUUAAGAAGGAAAUGGAAGAAUUCAGGUCCAUCUAUUGCAUAUUAUUUUGGGAAAGAUGAAUCCUUCACAUGGCAAUUUCAUUGUCACCUGAAGUUAGCAUUGUCUUCCAAAGGAAUUCAUCUUUUCCUUUCUUAAAAAAAAAAUGCCUCAGCUAGCCCUUCCCAUCCACCAUAUCCCUUCAGCCUGCCUUCUUAGUCAUCCGUGUGUUCUUUCUGGAGUGACUGACCACACAUGGAUGGUAAGCAGCACGUAUCCGUGAGCUGUCUUAUGAGUCAUCCUGUGAGCUGAGCUUCAGGAAACAUGAGUAAAGGUAUAUGUCUGUAUAUAGCUGGAUAUGUAUUCUAGCCAGAAAAAUAUAUUUAUUUUGACACAGGGGAAUGCUGACUUACGUUGCUGAAGGAUUUAAAGCUAGUAAAAGGUUCUCAGUCUCUAAGAGUGGACCCUAAGUGACAUAAAGACCAUUCAUUCAGCAAACACCUACUGAGCAACUAUGGUGCACCAGCGCAGGCUAGGCAUUCCCGUGAACCUGACUUCAUGAAUUUUAUUUCACAGGGGAAGGCCAGUUUCACAGGUUUUUAGGAACUGAGGUGUUCCUCACAAACACAAAAUGUUGGGGGAACUGGGAAUAACUUACUGGGAAACUAAUUUAUUUGUUUAAACAGGAGGUGUAGGAACCCUCUGCUUUGGUCUGCCAAGUAUUUUGUCUCAGAACUUGCACAAAUAAAGGUUGUACUUGGUAUGACACCCAACAAGACAGAUAUGCAUCGAAAUUUCUAAUGUGUUCUAUGGGUUUCAAUUCUGAAAAAGUAAAAUAAAGAUUUUAAUAAACA